UACCCUCCGCAUAUUCUCUCUCCUCUUCCUCCGUUUAUAUCCCAUUUCCCCCUUUCCCCUUUUUCCUCCUCUACAUACCAAACGGCAUACCUCAUUAUUCCGUCUCAUUCUCAUAUACAUACACAAAUACAUAAUUCCGCAGUGGUAGGAGUCUGAGGAUUUGGAAAUUGUUGAUUUGCUUUUUUGGAAGAUGAAGUUUGGGAAGAGUUUGAGCAACCAGAUUGAGGAGACGUUGCCGGAGUGGAGAGACAAGUUUUUGUCGUACAAGGAGCUGAAGAAGCGGCUCAAGCUGAUCGAGCCGAAUAAGCCUGCCGGCGAGGGGGAGGAAAGGCCGCAGAAGAAGCGGAAGAUGGAGGAGACCCGCCGGGAAGGGGAUGCCAUGACUGAGGAGGAGGUGGAUUUCCUCAAGCUUUUGGAGGAUGAGCUCGACAAGUUUAAUUCCUUCUUCGUUGAGAAAGAGGAGGAGUAUAUUAUCAGAUUGAAGGAACUACGUGAUAGUGUGGCGAAUGCCAAGGAUAAGAAAGAUGAGAUGAUUAAGAUCCGGAAAGAAAUUGUGGACUUCCAUGGGGAGAUGGUUUUGUUGGAGAAUUAUAGUGCUCUUAACUACACUGGACUGGUUAAGAUUUUGAAGAAGUACGACAAAAGAACUGGCGCUCUCCUUCGGUUGCCAUUCAUACAGAAUGUUCUGCAGCAGCCGUUCUACACGACUGACCUGCUGUACAAGCUUGUGAAGGAGUGUGAGAAUAUGCUCGAUCAAAUGUUCCCUCUCCCAGUGGUUGGGAAGGAACCCUCUACGAGCAGUGCACCGGAAGAGGGUGUGAUGGAGGAACCUAAGGAGCUUGCACAGAUAAAAUACAUGAAGAGCCUGUAUAUGAAGAGUACAUUGGCUGCGUUGCGCGUUUUGAAAGAGAUUCGCAGCGGUAGCUCUACAGUUAGCGCAUUUUCAUUGCCGCCUCUCCAGAUUAGUGGAUUGGAGGAUCCUUGGAACAAAAUCCCUCUUCUGGAACAAGUUGCCAAGUAGAGCUGUGAUGCUCCUGUGGAGUAAAAAUAGGCUGCUUAUGCCUAUUAUUUUGUUUUGUCUUGUUUUGUUCACUUAACUCGUGCAUUUGAUUUUGCAUGUAAUGUAUUCUGACAAAAAUGUAAAAUACUUUAAUACUAUAUCGAGGUUUUAGUACCCUGUUCUGGA